AUGACAAAUCCGGAAGAAAGCACUAGUAAUGCUAGUAAUGCUUCAACUUCACAAAAUGCUUAUAAUGGAUCUUGGUUUGAUGAUACAGUUAAAGAAGAAGACUCUCAAACUUUCAAUUUGAAACAAAAAUACAAAGAAUUAUUGGAAAAAACUGGAGUUCGUGAUUUUUCUUCUUUAUCAGUUGUUUCAUUUCUUGGUUUGUCACAGAAUGAAACAACAACAAAUGUUAGUUCAGUUGCUAAUGCCAUUAUUGAAAAGAACGUUUUUGGUCAGGUAUGA